UUCUCCUGCUGCUCUAGACGUUGUUUGGGUUCGUGAUUAAUCUAAACCAACAGCCCUUGAAGUGUUUUAUUUGUCCUCGGAAAACAUUAUCCGUAAACCACUCCAGUCAUCAACAGCCCCAAACCAGGAUGCACCAUACUUGAUGAGUACAUGUUUGGAAUACCCAGAAUAUUAAUAAGAUCAACUGUGUUUGUGCAGUGGAGUAUAUCAACUACAGACUUGAUCGACUGACAGACCCCAACUCAGUGAACAGACCAUAGAUUUAAUACUACAACAUGUCAUGUCGCUGUGGUUGGACGCGAAGCAUCAGAAGUCUACYACUCUGUGGUCUUGCUAUCCUCACAAUUUUAGGAUUUGAUGAUGUGAAAGGUCAGGAACCUUCCGUCUGUUAUGAUUUGUUUGGUUGUUUUUCAAAMGAGUACCCGUUCAACAGGACGCAUAUCCCUCUACCUGAAUCACCAGCAGCUAUCUCCACCAGGUUCCUACUGUUCACCAGACAAACAGCUUAUCGCGGUGAAUGGGUUAAUGACAUCCAAGCCAUAAGGAACUCACAUUUCAAUGCUUCACGCUCUACUGUUGUCAUUAUCCACGGAUUUGCUGGUUUCACCUUCAAGACGAGUAUAACCCAGGAAGCUGAUUGGUGGGGAGUUCCUAUGAAGAACCAAUURCUGAUCAAAGAUGAUUUUAACGUCAUCAUCUUGGACUGGAUGCGCGGGGCYUGGUUUCCGUUUACUCGGGCUGUGGCAAACACUAGGCUUGUUGGUUCUCAAGGCGCGCAUUACCUAGAGACAUUAGAAGAGCUCUAUGGACGUCGCUUGCCGUUUAUUCACAUCAUCGGGUUCAGUUUUGGUGCGCAUGUCGCUGGGUACAUUGGUCAGCAGAUGAAACGUAAGGGACGAUUGAUCAACAGAAUAACAGGUCUGGACCCAGCAGCCAUGUGGUUUCACGGCCAACACGAGGACGUCAGGCUCGACACAAGCGACGCUUUCUUUGUUGAUGUCAUUCACACCAGCGGUGAAUAUGGAAUCACUAGUGGCAUUGGUCACGUGGACUUUUUUCCUAAUGGCGGGAAAAAGCAACCCGGAUGUAACACCAUUUUAGCAGGAUUAUCCACGUAUCUGUUCUGCAAUCACAAAAAGGCUCCUGCCUAUUUCACCAGUUCCAUCUUAUCCCAGUGUCCACUUCAUGCCUAUGACUGUCGACUGGAGAGUGAAUUCAAUAGUGGUAAAUGUCUAACAUGUGAGGGGCCGUGUAUCAAGAUGGGAUACCAUGCUUAUGAACAGAACAAGAAUGGAACAAUACAAGGCAACUUCUACCUUACGACUAAACCUCAAUCUCCAUAUUGCUUGUACCAUUAUCAAAUAUCCUUCAAAACCCUGGAUUCCUGGUUUGCUGGUGUUUAUGGACCUGUGUUUGUGAAGCUCAAAGGAACCGAUGGCAGAUCGUACACCACCAAGUCAAUGAAAUACAUCCCAGGCUGUGCCGAGAUAACCUAUCUUUUUACUUGUCCAUUCAACCUUGGAAAACUAAAAAGGAUUACCGUGUGGCAUCACGGGAUAUUCCAGUCCUGGGGACUGGAUCGAGUUAUUGUGAGGCCUGCCUGGAAUCAAUACAGAUACGUGUCACGUGUAAACGAAUGGUUAMGAUACGGCAAGAAAAUCAGCAAGCACCUCCUCACGUGGGAGAAAGAUAAACGACGACAGAGGAAAAURAGUCGAAGAAUGACUGAAAAACUGAGAAAAACUAGAAGAAUGCAAAAGAGUGUCCAAGAAAUCAAUACAAAGGAUUAAAGUAUAUAAUCUAUCACAUGUGCAAGGCCUACAAGUUACCGUCCAAAUACAUAAUGUUGUGAAUCGCGGCCAAGACGUCAAGCCUAGAAGAAAAGUGAACUUAAUACUYCGUUGCUUCUAGGUAACCCGUGAAUCGAAAUAUAUGCAGUAAUAGCGACCGUUAAUCAUCUUUUAAGUAGAGAAAUCGAUAACGGUGAAGAACGGGAGGACUCUUUUUUCG